GACAUCAUGCCAACAGGACUAUCGUUACAUUUAGACAAUGUGUCGGGUGUUUUCUUCCCUGGGCAGACUGUCACGGGAGAAUUGACUGUGACGACCACCAAGGAGAAGACAUUCAAAGAAAUUACAGUAAAGUUUCAAGGAUUCUCAAAAGUCCACUGGACAGAGAGAAGGACAGAGAGAAGGGAUGGAAAAUCAAGAACAAGAACUGUACAUUACAGAAGUUCAGAGGAAUACUAUAGCUCUUCCUAUCGAGUGUGGGGAAACGGUACGGAAAAUCAAAUUCCAGCUGGCUUUCAUAAAUUCAACUUUUCCUUCGUCCUCCCACAUAAUAUUCCUUCCUCCUUUGAAUCCGAGACUGGCCAAGUGCGUCACCUGUGUAAAGCAAAGAUCAGUGUUCCUUGGGGAUUCGAUAAGACUUGCACUCAGCCCUACUCUGUCAACAGCCUUUAUGACUUGAACACAGACCCUGUAGCAAAGCAACCUAUCCAGUGUAACGAACACAAGUACCUGUGUUGCCUAUGGUGUAGGAGUGGGCCUCUGUCAAUGGUUCUUCGUGUGUCUCGCUCUGGCUACGUCCCAGGAGAGAACAUUUUGAUUAAUGCUGAGUGCUCGAACAAGACUGACAGUGUGGUGGAUUAUACUGAGGCCAAUAUUCAUCAGAUUAUUGUAUUCCAUGCACAAGGAAAAAGCAAAAGUGUAGACCGCAAAGUUGCAGAAAUAAAAAAGCCAGCAAUUCCUGAGGGUGAUGAUUACAUUUGGUCAGAUGUGAAGCUGUUAGUGCCACCAUUACCCCCCAGCAAAUUACAGUUCUGUAAUAAUAUAGAAAUAAACUAUAUAUUUAAGGUAAGAUUGCAGUGGUAG